GACUUCACGCGGUUGGAGGUGUGGAUGGACACAAGUCCUUUGGAAAAAGUCGCGGCUGUGAGAAGUUUUGCUUUCUUUUUGUCGCCAGUCAAACAUUAGGAGGAUGUUCUGUCUGUUUAUGACGAAGAGAAGGCUGCGUUUCCAUGAUGGCGACAACAAAACAGCUGCUGUUCCCCUGACAUGACAGCAGAGCCCCCAACCUCAGGAGAGAAAGUUUCCGCAGCAACUUUUCUAAAAACUAUUUCAGUUAUUAACAUUCGGAGAAAAAGAAAACAACCGUAACCAUGGCCAACUUCGCUUCUGUUUCCAUUCGGGUAUUUGUUUUCAGCUUCUUCUUUGGUGCGUUUAAAUGUCAGUUUUCAAUCCCGUUGAAAAUGUACCCGGGGAAGUUUAAUUUAUCAUCCGGGGCGAACUCGUCCUCAGUCCGGGUUCUGGCGCUGAAGUCGGAUGGAGACGGCCUCUCUCUGGCCUCUGAUCCCAGCGGGACUGUCAACUUUCUGGACAUGGUCAAUAAUCUACAGGGGGACUCAGGUAGAGGCUACUACAUAGAGAUGUCCAUUGGCACGCCUGGCCAAAAGCUCAACAUCCUGGUGGACACAGGCAGCAGCAACUUUGCUGUGGCUUCGGCUCCACACCCAUACAUUACUCGCUACUUCAACACUAAGCUCUCCACUACCUACCAGUCAACUAGUCGCUUAGUAGCUGUCAGAUACACACAAGGCAACUGGGAGGGCGAGCUGGGAACGGACCUCGUCACCAUCCCAAACGGACCAAAUAGAACCAUCGCUGUUAACAUUGCGUCCAUCCUAUCAUCUGACAGCUUCUUUUUGCCUGGGAUCAACUGGCAAGGCAUUCUGGGGCUGGCCUACCCUAUGCUGGCAAUGCCGGACUCUUCUGUGGAGCCGUUCUUCAACUCGAUGGUGAAGCAGCUGGGAAUCCCCAACACCUUUUCUCUCCAAAUGUGCGGAAAUGGACUGUCAACCAGCAGCGUGGUCGACCCUCCUGCUGGCAGUCUUAUAAUGGGUGGGGCUGAACCAACUCUGUAUCGGGGGCCGAUUUGGUACACCCCUAUUGUAGAGGAGUGGUACUACCAGGUGGAGGUGUUGAAGCUGGAAGUUGGAAAUCAGAAUCUGAAUCUGGAUUGUAAAGAGUAUAACUCAGAUAAAGCCAUAGUUGACAGCGGGACAACGCUGCUGAGACUUCCUGCCAAUGUCUUCAGUGCGGUGGUGGAAGCCAUCACAAGCAGCUUACCGAUCGAUAAUUUUUCUGCAGGGUUCUGGGAGGGCACCAAACUCGCUUGCUGGACAAAGGGUGAAACCCCCUGGGAGUUUUUCCCAAAGAUCUCAAUCUACCUAAGAUCCACCAACUCUAGCCAGUCCUUCCGCAUUACUAUCCUGCCUCAGCUUUACAUCCAACCAAUCGGAGACUUGGAGGACUUGGACUGCUUCCGUUUUGGCGUAUCUUCCUCGGCUAACGGAUUGGUGAUUGGAGCCACCGUUAUGGAAGGUUUCUAUGUGGUGUUCGACCGCGCCCAGAGGAGACUGGGCUUCGCUCUCAGCAACUGUGCAAUGAGUAAUGGAGUGGCUGUUUCGGAGAUCGCCGGGCCCUUCUCAGCAGAAGACGUCGCAGCAGAUUGCUCCGGCCGCGUUCUGAAGCCGCCCGUCCUGUGGGUGAUCUCCUACGCCCUGGUGGCGGUCUGCGCCCUGAUCCUCAUCAUCCUGCUGCUGCUGCUGCUCCUGCCCUGCAGGCGCGGUGACCGUGGGGAGAUCACAGAUGAGUCCUCGCUGGUGCGCCACCGCAUCAAGUGACUGCGGGGAAACGGACGGGCAAGCGCGGUCAAAGGGCUGGAGAACAACGGACAGAGCCCGUCCAUAGCUGUGGAGUAGGGAGUGGGAGGUCAGUCUCUCCCGAUCGCCACGCCGACUGCCUGACAAAACGUCAUCAGCUUCACCCAUGGAGGCAGACAAAAAGACAGUUAAGCUGCCUCUCAAAGGGAAAUUCCACUCAGAAAACGCCUCCUGAAAACUUCCUAAAACCGCUGCUAGAGCUGAACGGAUGUGUCUCAGCUUUUUCCUCGGUGGUUUAUUUUUCUUGUUCCCAAUCAAAUAAGUGGAGCAUUGUCUAGAUAAGAAGAUGAUGCACUGACCAUAGCUUGGAUUAACCUGAAUGCACUGAAGCCUUGUGGUUAUGGUUAUGGCUUGUUUUGUUUUUUCCUUUGCCCCUAAUGGGAAGAGGAAUUCACUUGAUGAAGGUAUUUGACUAAGUUCAGGACAUAACAUAUAAAGCUCUACCAAAUUAUAAAAAAAGAUAAAGAUAAAUCACAUCUUUGCAAUCUACACAACUUUAAGCAAUUCUUUGAUUUGAAUGUUAGGACUUUAUAUGUUCUGCUGCUCCAUUCUUCAGUGGAGCAAAAUGAGCACGAGUAAAAGGAGGUUUGGGAGGAUUUAAGCUGCUCAAACAACCACUCAUAGGACUAUUUAUAAUUUAAAUAACUAUAGUGCCUUUGUUUCUUAGCUCUCUGAUCAGACAAACUGAUAAAUCAUAUCAGGAGGUUGAGAUUGACUCUCCUGAAUUGCACUUUGUUUCUGAAGUUGAUCAACAGAAUGAUACAAAGCAACAGAUCAAUGUCUGUGUUAUGCAGUUUUUUUGUGUGUUAUUGUAAUUUUUAUCAGUUCAUGUUCAGAUUUAUGUAUUUCAGUUUCCUUGACUGUGCUGAUAUUUCCAACCCUGUAGCCUGAAGUCUUAAGGCCAUUCAUAUGCAGCACCUUUAUUUAAUUAAUCAAACACUACAGUGGAAGGAUUCCAGAUGUGCAUAUGUUGGAAAAUACCCACUCAUUGUUGAUAAGACUAAAUAUUCUUAUAGACCUGAUGACUACUAAGUGAAAAGAAUUUGCACAUCACUGUGGCACAGGAAGCGGCGGCUGUUAUUACGCAGCAGGUCUCGCUGCUGAGGCUGCAUCGGGAAAUAACGUUUAUGUGGAAUAAUGUCAUCUUUAAAAAUCCGGAGCCACAAACUGAUAUCAAUCAACAACGAUGCCCAAAGCUGAACAUGUAAGACUUGAUCUAUAGGUACACAUGAUUAUUCCUUUAUUUAACUGUGUAUGUUUCAUGUGCUAAACAUCAGAGGUGUUUUGUAAAUAAAAAAAUUGGGGACAAAUCAGACAUUUUAAAUUAAUAAAUAUUUGGGAGCCAAAGAAA